GGCGUGCGCUGGCGUGGACUUGAACUAACUUUGACGCGACGAGGAAUGGGUUUGGUGCGGGCGCAGGGUGCAGGGAGUGGAACACGCGUGAUGGGGACCAUGAUUCGACUUAUGCGAGUAAUAACAUCACCAGUCUCGGGACCAAGCCAACCAUGGCUCCUCAAACAUUGUGUUGACGGCCACGACUCCAAUUUGCAAUCCGAAUGAACUUGUCGAAAGUGACAUUGCACAGCCAACCCAGUCUGUUUGACAAUGAAAGCCGCCUGGCUACAGACACACCUCUCUUGCUGGCAUGCAGUGCGUGAGCGAGAUCAAGCACGACAACAGAUCUAGCCUGCACCUGCACCUGCAUCUCGAGUCUCGCCCUUCCCCACGAUGCCAUCAGAUAAACAAACCAAAGCGAACUCGUCCAAACCACUCACUCCCGCCCUAAGCUCAAAUUUCCGGAAUGUAAAAAGCCCUUUGACUCCAAGACUUCCUGGUUCGACUUCUUCCUCUCCUGCUUUGUCGUCCCGAAAAGAACCAUUUGUGAGGUCCAGGUCGCCAGGGAAGAUAGAUCAGGCCACGACACCUCUGAACCACAAUAUUACACCCAGGUCAGGAGCAAGAAAAUCAAGGAUUGGGACAGAAUCACCGACGACUCCCGCACCCAUCAGAGAACACAACAAUGGGUUUCCAGCAAGGCCUUCCUCCCGGGUGGAGGCUUCAAAGCCCGUCAACGGUCAAGCGCAGGGACUUGGAAUAAGCAGCCCUCGACUCGCUGCGAGCACCCCUUCUCUUCCUAAGGCCGGAGCUCCCGCUGUCACAAUCUACAGAAGAGUGUCCGCGGCGAAGAGCAUGGUUGAAGGCAACAAAGACAAUUCAUCUAAGUUUUUCCACGCAGACGAAGCAAAGUCCGCGGUGGGUUCUUCGCAGACUGACGAAGGCGCACGCUUCCCGACUGUUCGGAAUCAAUUGUUUGUUGGAUCACCAGCUGCUUCCAGUAGUGUCUCUACUCAGCCAAACAAAGAGGUUGCAAAUGGUAAGGAUGACCUCGUUGAGAAGUUCUUCCGGGCAAACGACAUCCCUCAUACACAAACAAACAAGCAGAUUGCUCCGAUUCUUGUAUCGACUGCGCACGGCCAGGAUGCGGACCGCCUGCCAAACGCAACAAGUCCACCUCAGUCCCCUAAAAAGGCCUAUAAGGCCCCUCAACCUAUAUCACCUCGAAAAGUUGUGACAGGAUCAAUACCUUCCCCAUCCGCGCCUCCUCGUACGACCCUUGAAAGAUCGAAAAGCACCAUGGGGAGUACAGUCGGCAGUCAGACAGCUUCUCAUCUAGGGCAUCGCAAAUCUAUCAGUGCAAGUUCGACAACAGCCAUAACUGAGAGCAGAAUAGGUGCUCCUCUGACACAGCCGCCUCACCCGUUGGACCUUCUGAUCGCUCCAACUGUUUCUCCACGUAUACUAGGAAAUAAUACACUCUCCCCUGAAGCUUCGAGCCCUCGUUCAUUCAGUCUAGCUUCGUCGAAUACAGUCUCAACUUCAGUCAUGAGCGACACCGAUUGCUCAGAGAUGGCCAAAUCGGCAUCAAGGCCGCUGAGUACUGUCGAUGUCACACCUGAUCAAGUGACAUCGCCGAUCCAGCCUCAGAAUGACGGGGCUGCAAACGCGCGUCGUGAAAGGAAGGUUUUGGACCUUGAGAUCUCCAAUUCAUCUCUUCUAGCCAUCAACAAGACCUUGGAACGCGAGUUGCGCAAGCAGAACGGCGAACUGAGGAGAUUCCGUCGUCUAUCGCGGGCGGGCAGGCUAUCUCUCGCCACUGAAAGGACAGCGUCGGGGCAGUCUGCUUACAGCUUAGGCACCCUUACAGAACGAGAUGGUGAAGAUGGUCAAAUGUCGGAUCUGGAUGACGAAAGUGACCUGGACGACCUGGAUGAUGAAGACGGUUCGUUGUUAUCGGACGGAUCAGGAUCAUUGACGAAUGCGUCCGCUCGAUCACGGCAACGAGCCAAGGACGAGAAGCGGCUCAUCCAGGAUCUCACCAGGCAUCAACAACUUCUUGCCGAGUCACAGAAACUAAGCUCAACAAUCAAACGGUGUAGCACCAUGACAGAGGAGCUAAUCCGCGAGGCAAACAAGGCAUUGGAUUAUCGAGUCGGCAUUGGCGACGUCAAAAUUGGCGGUCGCGUCUUAAAUGACGAAGAGCUGGAUGAGCGAGGGUUCGUUGCCGGCACAGAAGAACCAGAGGCCAGGCAGGGGCUGUUGAGCCCUGGCCUUGCGAGGGCGAAGCUCGAUGAAACACCAUUUUGGACCGAGAACUUACCCUCGCGUUCUAGCGCCCAGCCUGGCUUAGCAUCUUUAGAGGAAGUUACGGCGCUGCUGGAGUCCUUUUCUCCAGUGCUAAGGGGAGAAUAACAGGGAGAGCCUUUGAGUGGGCUCCAAAACUCAUGACGACAUUACGAAGAGACUGUGCGGGCAUAUUGUGGGAAUAUCUUUCUCGUUACCGUUGGUUGGGAUCCAGGCGCGAGUGGGUGACGGUGUUCAACAGGCUUAUGGCAGAUUGGGGGGGCGCUGCUGCAAUACUCCGGGUUGCUUUUGAGAUUGUACGAUACCCAGCAUAGCGAGGAGGAUGGUGUUUCUUUUGUGUUGCCUUAUUGGAGGUGGGUCUCGUCCCAAAUUCGUCAUCCAGAAAGAACAAAUUCGAGCAAAGAUGGCUACAGAACAAGAGAUGGAAAGAUAGUGUGUAAUCCACCGACAUCGCCUCUCAUCUACAUCAAAUCCACAACAGAAAUUAAAACUUGGACCUUAAGGACGUCAUCUCGAGU